GCGAGCGUCUUGUCCCACCCUUUUAACGCCCAUAGUUGCCUAUAAAUAGUCAGUGAAACGCUCCUAAUUAAUAUUCAUCCAUACUGACUGCAUGACGACAAUGAAGGCAAAUCCUGACAGAAAGUCUAAAAAAAAGACAUUUCAUCCUAGUGUGAAAUGGAAGUUCUUACUGGGAGGUUGAAGCAUGAAAAAAAUAUAUUGUUUGGUGGACAGUGUGACAGAAAGGCGUUAGAGUGGCACUAUGUGGCGGACGCUGUGAAUGCUGCUGGCUCAGGUCGGACCCUCUCAGAAAAAAAAAAGUGGUCCGACAUAAAAGUGGAGGUCAAAAGGCGCAUAGCCUUACACAGACAAAGUGUUUGUGCCACUGGGCGGGGGAAGGGGAGACGGGAGCUCAACCCCCUUGAUGAGCGACUUUCCUCCUGAGUGGAGUAGUGACGGAGGAGGGGUAAACGGACAUGCAAGACGCUCCGGAUGAUCCAGUCGCUGAGUGUUCCAGCAGGGGUCGGUGGUGCUGCAGUGGAGCAGGAGCUGAGUGUUCCAGCAGGGGUUGGUGGUGCUGCAGUGGAGCAGGAGCUGAGUGUUCCAGCUGGGGUCGGUGGUGCUGCAGCGGAGCAGGAGCUGAGUGUUCCAGCAGGGGUCGGUGGUGCUGCAGUGGAGCAGGAGCUGAGUGUUCCAGCAGGGGUUGGUGGUGCUGCAGUGGAGCAGGAGCUGAGUGUUCCAGCUGGGGUCGGUGGUGCUGCAGCGGAGCAGGAGCUGAGUGUUCCAGCAGGGGUCGGUGGUGCUGCAGUGGAGCAGGAGCUGAGUGUUCCAGCAGGGGUCGGUGGUGCUGCAGUGGAGCAGGAGCUGAGUGUUCCAGCAGGAGCUGAUUGUUUCAGCAGGGGUCGGUGGUGCUGCAGUGGAGCAGGAGCUGAGUGUUCCAGCAGGAGCUGAGUGUUCCAGCAGGAGCUGAUUGUUUCAGCAGGGGUCGGUGGUGCUGCAGUGGAGCAGGAGCUGAGUGUUCCAGCAGGAGCUGAGUGUUCCAGCAGGAGCUGAUUGUUUCAGCAGGGGUCGGUGGUGCUGCAGCUGAGCUGAGUCAAAUCAAAGUUGAUUUGUCAUGUGCCCCCAAAUACAACAGGUGUAGA